CAGCUGGCAGAGCUGAAUGAGAUAGCUUGGAGCUUGUGACUGCCAUGCCCACGUUUCAUUGGAUGCCCUGCUUUUCAGCGGAUGCUUCUUCAAUGUGAAGAAUUUGUGUAGCAGCAAAACCAUGUAGAGCAGCAGGCUGCGUCUGAAGAGAUCCACAGAAGGAUUAAGGGACUUCACCGGAAGCAUCAGAUCCAGUCCUCGCGCAGGGAGCAUGACGAGCAUCUUCACUCUCCCCUGCUGAGGACCAAGACGUCGCUGGCGUACUGCACUCAAUAUAGCAGCACCACCAAGGACUGGAGACAUGCUUUGUGCCCUGAGAAGGGAAGUGAAGAAGAGUGUAGAAGACAGCCCUUACUAUAAGGGAAGCAAGAACUCCACAGCAUCUGAUGAUCAGCUAUCCAGCUUAAAACAAAGUGUUCAAGAAGAAUGUCGGGGGGUGACUACGGUGGAACUCAGUCGCAAGGACGGCAGCACGCUGGGCCUGACUGUGUCAGGGGGCACAGACAAGGAUGCCACUCCCAGGGUGUCCAAGCUGAGGCCCGGGGCACUAGCUGCCAGGAGUGAUCAGCUGAAUGUGGGGGAUUACAUCACAUCUGUAAAUGGCAUCCACCUUGCCCGGCUGCGGCAGGAGGAGAUUAUCAGCCUGCUAAAGAACGUGGGAGAGCGUGUGGUGCUCGAGGUGGAGUAUGAGCUGCCCCCUGCUGCUCCGGACAGUAGCUCAGACUCAAUUCCCAAGAUCAUCGACAUACGCUUGCGAAAAAAAGACAACAGCUGUGGCUUUGUCAUGCGAGGUGGUUUUCAUGAAGAGUGGCGUAAGUCACGCCCCCUAGUGGUCACCUAUGUGAGACCAGGAGGCCCAGCCGACCGAGAGGGGACAAUGCAUGUGGGAGAUCGCAUCCUGAGUGUGGAUGGGAUGCCCGUACACAACAAGAGCCACACAGAGGCCCUGAGCAUCAUAAUGGGCUGCGGUCCGGAGGUGCUUCUGCAGGUUGAAUACGACGUGGCCACUGUAGGUACGAUGACGGGCACCUCGGGGCCCCGGCUGGUGGAGAUAGAGAAGCCUCCAGGGGCAUCGCUGGGGAUCAGCCUGGCGUCUGCAGCACACAGGGACAAGCAGGUCAUUGCCAUAGAGAAGAUUAAGGCAGCCAGCGCUGCAGACAGGUGCGGGGCACUGCGCGUCGGUGAUCACGUCCUGUCCAUCAAUGGCACCAGCACAGAGCACUGCUCAGUCCUGGAGGCGGCGCGCCUCAUAUCCAGCUCUACUAACCAAGCAAGCUUGGAGAUCCUGCCCAGCAGACCACGUGAGACUGUGAAGGUGCAGCGGAGUGAGCAGCACCACUGCUGGGACCCCUGCGUGAGCUACUGCCAUGGUCAGCACCCCGGCCAGUGUAAGGCCCCCUGGGGGGGCACCAGCAACCAAGCCUCCCAGGAACCCUGCAGGUCAUCCAGCAACAUGUCGCCCGCCUCCACCAGCACAUCAGGCCUGGGCAGCCAGCCCUCCUGCCCUGCGCCGCGUCCCAUCUCCCCUGCCUGCUCCAUCCUGCCCACCAGCCCCCACAGCUCAAUGCUGAGCAGAAGGCAAAGAGUCAAGGAGCACAAGAGCUCUUUGUCCUUGGCAUCCAGCACUGUGGCUCCAGGGGGUCAGAUUGUGCAUCCUGACACCUGUGAUGUCACCAUACUGGGUGACCCCCUCAAUGGUUUUGGCCUUCAGCUGCAAGGGGGUGUUUUUACCAUAGAAACCCUGAGUGCCCCCCCAGUAAUCCGCUCCAUCGCGCCCCACAGCCCAGCUGAGAGGUGUGGACUGCUUCAGGCCGGUGACAGGCUGCUGUCCAUCAAUGGCAUUUUGACUGAGGAUGGAACGUUAGAAGACGCAACUCAGCUUCUACGGGAUGCUGCUCUUACCAGUCAUGUGACGUUGGGGAUCGAGUUUGACGUGGCAGAAUCUGUAGUACCCAGCAGUGGGACUUUUAAUGUAAAGCUGCCCAGGAAGCGAGGUGUGGACCUUGGGAUCACCCUGAGUGCAAGUAAAAGACCUGGACAGCCUCUCAUCAUCUCAGACGUCAGGAAGGGCAGCAUAGCACAGAGGACAGGUACUCUGGAGCCUGGGGACAAGCUGCUGGCUAUUGACAACGUUCGCCUGGAAAACUGCACCAUGGAUGAUGCUUUGCAGCUCCUCCAGCAGUCAGAUGACCUUGUGAAGCUGAAAAUCCAAAAAGAUGAGGACAAUGCCGAUGAGCAGGACAUGUCUGGCUGCAUCAUCUACACUGUCGAGCUGCAGAGAUUCGGCGGCCCACUGGGGAUCACCAUCUCAGGGACUGAAGAGCCUUUUGAUCCUAUCGUUAUCUCAGGUCUUUCCAAGAGGGGUCUUGCUGAGAGGACCGGAGCCAUCCACAUAGGGGAUCGCAUUCUGGCUCUCAAUGGUGUGAGUCUGAAGGGAAAACCGCUGAGCGAAGCCAUCCACCUGCUGCAGAUGGCAGGAGAAACGGUCACUCUCAAGAUCAAGAAGCAAAUCAAUGAGCUUGGCACAGAAGGAAAGAAAUCUGAAUUGACAAAUGAUCUAGCUGACGAUGACAACUCCCAGAAGUCCACUAGACUGUCUGAGAUCUAUUCUGGCACCAUUCCAAGUGUGGAUUCUGCAAUGGAAUCCUGGGAUGGGUCUGGAUCUAGCACUGAUGUUGGUGGUGGAGGCCUAGGGACCCACACCCAUCUAGUUUCAGAUGUUUCCCUGGAACUUGACAAGUGGCACAGAACUACACAGAACAACAAUGCACUGCCUGCUGGUGGGUGCAAGAAAUGCCCUAUAAGUAAUGAAGAGUUCAGUAACAACAACUGGGACAAGCCUUCUGGAGAUGGUUUACGGAGGCUGCAGAGCAACCUUGCGCUGGACCAGCAGGACAUGCUCUGGUGCCAGGCCCUGGAAGAUCUGGAGACUUGUGGGCAGUCAGAGCUUUUGAGGGAGAUUGAGGCAUCGAUAAUGAGUGGCAGCACCUUCAGUCUGGAUAUGGACUCGCACAAGUCACAUGACUUGGUGAACCCGCUGAGGAUGAGCAAUGCCAAGAAUAACAACUUCUUGAUUGGUUGUGAGAGUGCCUGGAUGCCUGACAGCAUAGAGGAAGGACUAGAGGGCUCCUUAUCUCUAACAGCUCUUGAGCUGCUCAAGGUAACGAUAAUGAAGGAUCUAGAGACUCAUGACUUUGGCUUCAGUAUAUCAGACGGCUACCUUCAGAGUGGCAUUUAUGUUAAUAUGGUUCGCCCGGAAGGCCCCGCUGAUAAAGCUGGGCUGAAGCCCUUUGACCACAUUCUCCAGGUGAACCAUGUACGCACAAGUGACUCGGACUGCUGCCUGGCUGUGCCCCUUAUCACAGACACGGGGGACAAGCUGGAAUUAGUGAUAAGUAGGAACCCGCUGGUUCCUGCGACUCCGGGACAGUUUGUGGACUGUGAGGACCCAUCUGCCACACAGCUCAAUGCCAGAGAAAGCCAGACACACACUAUACACUUAUAACAUGAGGCACGGAUAACAGAAAUCUACCCAGAUACUGAGAGUACUAAGGCGGAUGCCAAGUGUGAAGAAUUCUGGGUAGCAAAAAGAACAGCCCCCCCCCCCCCCUCUGCUUCUCUCAGCAGCGCACUACAGGAGAGAGACUGAAGGAAACCUGCUUAAAACCAGCGGUGAGGAUUCCCUUAGUUACUGUAUGUACAUAGAUAUGAGAUUAGCUGCUGCUUACAACCAAUGUGAACCUUAGCCCUCUGCCUCCCAAGAGCUGCUCUGUCAUAGUCCAGCACAACCUGCAGAAUGUCAUAGUACAAAGUCACAAUGCUGAGUCCACACAUGGGUCAAUCACGAUAUACACUAAUUUGUGUCAGUCAGCACUGUAUUUGUGGCAGUUCACACAAUGUAAAUGUAGUAAAUUAUUCAAAAAACAGAGGACUUAAGAGCGCUGUCACCAAAUCACUAAUUAUAAUGGUAAAGCACAAUUGUUUUCUUGAAGUUACUUUGUUACUGCCUCUUAAAUAUCGCCUCACCAUUGUGUUUUUCAUUCUUACUGUGUGUUAUUAGAUUAGUAUCGCACCAUUUUAGAUUGUCACCUUUUUGUAGCCUCGUUACAUAAAUCUGGUAAUCGCCCGUUAAUCACCAUUCACCCAAUGGUCUCUUCACUGAUUUGUUUGUAGUCUACGUCAGUUUCACCAGGGGGUUCCAUUCAUGUCUGUUCCUACCUCUUACUCAGCCCCCACAGAAACAGAGCCCUUCAUGUUUAAUAUAUUAUAGUUUGCAGACAUAUUUUUGAAAGUUUAAUUGCAUUGGUUUCCUCAUUUUGUUUUUGUCGUGGCAUUAUGUCCGCAUGGUCUGUCGGUCGUGUUUUUGUGUUGAUAUUUUUCAACCAGUUCGUGUUUCAUUGAACUCUUGUGCAAAAAUACACGAUUUGUUCCAAGUUAGAAAAAAAAUCGAAGCUCAUAUAUGGAAAAAUUUAAAUCCUUUACUAUGUGUUACUAUUAAAUAUCAGUGCCAGAAUGUAUUCUGAAUUUUAAAUGUUUUAAAUAAAUAUUUUUAAGGAAAA